AUGGUUGUCCUGGGUGACUGUGAUGCACCGCUGGCAUCCUCCCUGCCCCAGGCCUCCUUCAGCAGCUCUUCAGAGCUGUCCAGUAGCCAUGGCGCUGGGUUUGCGAGGCUUAAUCGCAGAGACGGUGCUGGAGGCUGGACCCCUCUUGUAUCUGAUAAAUACCAGUGGCUGCAGAUUGACCUUGGAGAGAGAAUGAAGGUCACUUCUGUGGCAACCCAGGGAGGAUAUGGGAGCUCAAACUGGGUGAGCAACUACCUCCUGAUGUUCAGUGAUGGUGGGAGGAACUGGAAGCAGUAUCGGCGAGAAGAAAGCAUCUGGGGUUUCCCAGGCAACACAAAUGCAGACAGCGUGGUGCACUACAGACUGCAGUCCCCCUUUCAAGCCAGGUUUCUGCGCUUCCUCCCUGUGGCCUGGAAUCCAAAGGGCAGAAUUGGGAUGCGGAUAGAAGUGUAUGGCUGUGUGUACAGGUCCAAGAUGGUUUAUUUUGAUGGACCAAGUGUUCUGCUGUACAGAUUUGAUAAAAAAUUUGUAAGACCAGUAAGAGAUGUUAUUUCUUUGAAAUUUAAAACCAUGCAGAGUAAUGGAAUUCUACUCCACAGAGAAGGACAACAUGGGAACCACCUCACUCUGGAAUUAAUUGAAGGAAAGCUUGUCUUUUCUCUUAAUUCAGGCAAUGCUAACCUGCCUUCUACUAAAGCUCAAUCAAACCUCAUCCUGGGCAGCUUGUUGGAUGACCAGCACUGGCAUUCUGUCUACAUUGAGCAACUCAAUACACACAUCAACUUCACCUUGGACAAGUACACUCAGUAUUUCCAGGCCAAGGAACACUCUGGAUACUUGGAUCUUAACUCUGAGAUCAGCUUUGGAGGAAUUCUAACAGUUGGAAGAUCACUUGCGUUCUCACAUAAAAGUUUUCAUGGCUGUUUAGAAAAUCCUUAUUAUAAUGGAGUGGACAUUGUUGAAUUAGCCAAGAAGCACAAACCGCAAAUCCUCAUUAUGGGAAACGUGACCUUCUCCUGUCCACAAUCACAGAUUGUUCCUGUGACUUUCUUGAACUCCAGGAGUUGUCUGGCACUGCCUGGCAAUUCUGGAAAGAACAAGGUCUCCGUCACUUUUCAAUUUCGAACAUGGAACAAAGCAGGACAUUUGCUUUCCAGUGAAUUUUGGCAUGGCUCGGGGAAGUUUGUCCUCUUUCUUCAGGAUGGAAAACUCAAACUGAGCCUCUUCCAGCCAGAAGAAUCCAUAAGGAACAUCACAGCAGGCAGUGGGUUAAACGAUGGGCAAUGGCAUUCUGUAUCUCUGUCUGCUAAAUGGAAUCAUCUGGUUGUGGUGGUAGGUGAUGACACAGCUGUUCUGCCCCUGGUGCCUAUGCUGAUUGUUUCAGGCAACAUCUAUUAUUUUGGAGGCUGCCCUGGCAACAGCUCUGGAUAUGGAUGCAGCAGCCCCCUGGAAGGGUUUCAGGGCUGCCUGAGGCUUAUUUCCAUUGAUGAUGCAGUAGUAGAUCCCAUCUUAGUACAGCAGGGAGUGCUGGGGAGUUUCAGGGACCUCCAGAUAGACUCGUGUGGCAUCACAGACAGGUGUUUGCCCAGCCACUGCGAACAUGGAGGCGAGUGCUCCCAGUCCUGGGACACAUUCUCCUGUGACUGCACAGGCACAGGUUACAUGGGACUGACCUGCCAUUCACCUCUCUACGAGCAGUCCUGCGAAGCCCACAAAUACAGAGGGAACUCUUCUGGGCUGUACCACGUGGAUGUAGAUGGAAGUGGCCCCCUGGGAUCAUUUCUUGUGUACUGCAAUAUGACAGACACAGCGUGGACAGUGGUGCCACACGGCGGCCCAGACACGGUGACGGUAAGCGGCGCCGCACGAGGGCUAGCGCACUCCACAACCUUCGCCUAUGGGGCCGGCGCGGGCCAGCUCCGGGCAGCGGUGGUCCUAGCAGAGCGCUGUGAGCAGCAGCUGGUGCUGAGCUGCAGGGCUGCGCAGCUCACAGACGCGCAAGAUGGAAGCCCACUGAGCUGGUGGAGUGGAAGAACCAAUGAAACACUCAUGUACUGGGGAGGCUCUCAGCCUGAUGCUCAAAGAUGUACUUGUGGAUUAGAAGGCAACUGCUCCGGUUCCCAGUAUCACUGCAACUGUGAUGCUGACUGGAAUGCAUGGUCUAGCAAAACAAUAGUCCUUUCCCAGAAAGAGCACCUGCCGGUCACUCAGGUUGUGAUAACAGACACAGGCCGAAGGCAUUCUGAAGCUGCUUAUGCACUGGGGCCCCUGCUCUGCCACGGGGACAACUCAUUUUGGAAUUCCGCUUCCUUCAACACUGAGACGUCAUACCUUCACUUCCCCACUUUGCAUGGAGAGUUUACUGCGGACGUAUGUUUCUUUUUUAAGACUACAGUCUCCUCUGGUGUGUUUAUGGAGAACCUGGGGAUCACAGACUUUAUUAGGAUAGAGCUGCGUGCUCCCACAGAAGUGACCUUUUCCUUUGAUGUGGGGAAUGGACCUUGUGAGGUCACAGUGCAGUCGUCCACCCCCUUUAAUGACAACAAGUGGCAUCAUGUGAGGGCAGAGAGGAACAUUAAAGGAGCAUCUUUGCAGGUCGAUCAACUCCCUCAGAAGAUACACUCUGCCCCUGCUGAUGGGCACGUCCGUUUACAGCUCAACAGUCAGCUCUUCAUUGGAGGCACGGCCAGCAGGCUGAGAGGCUUCCUGGGGUGCAUUCGGUCACUGCAGUUGAAUGGUGUGUCCCUGGAUCUGGAAGAAAGAGCCACAGUGACACCAGGAGUGGAGCCCGGGUGUGCAGGACACUGCAGCAGCUAUGGACACUUGUGUCGCAAUGGAGGGAGAUGUCAGGAGGAGCAGAGAGGAGUGUCUUGUAACUGCACGUUGUCUGCAUAUGAUGGGCCAUUCUGCACAAAUGAAAUUUCUGCAUAUUUUGGAACAGGCUCCUCAAUGACUUAUACUUUUCAAGAACAUUACCCUUUAAGUGAAAACAAGAGCUCUUUUGCUUCUUCAUUACACAGGAAUACAACAUUGACCAGAGAAAUGAUCACACUGAGCUUCCGAACUACACAAACUCCAAGCUUACUGCUUUAUGUGAGUUCUUUCCAUGAAGAAUACCUUUCAGUCAUCCUCUCCAACAAUGGAAGUUUACAGAUCAGGUACAAGCUAGACAGUCACCAAGAUUCCGAUGUGUUUAACUUUGAUUUUACAAACUUGGCUGAUGGGCACUUUCACCAGCUGAAGAUUAAAAGAGAAGAAGCAGUGGUUGCUGUAGAGGUUAAUCAGAGUGUAAAGAGACAAGUUAUAUUGGCCUCGGGGACAGAAUUCAAUGCUGUCAAAUCCCUCGCACUGGGAAAGGUUUUAGAGACCCCCGGCGCCGACGCGGACACCAGGCGGGCGGCGGCGCGCGGCUUCACCGGCUGCCUCUCGGCCGUGCGCUUCGGCCGCGCCGCGCCCCUCAAGGCAGCGCUGCGACCCGGCGGCCGCGCCCCGGUCUCCGUGCGCGGCCCAGUAGCCGCGGCGUCCGGCUGUGCGGCGCCGGCGGGACCUGGCUCCUCGGCGCGGGAACUGACUCCCCGGCUGGCCGGGGACGCAGGCCGUCCUGGACCCGCUGGCAAGGGGGCGCCCUUAGUUACUGCAGACGGGAGGGACCCUGCGGUCUUCGUCGUCGGAGGUGUGAUUGCCGUUGUGAUAUUUACCUUGCUCUGCAUCACUGCCAUGGCUUUACACAUUUAUCAGCAAAGGAACUUGCACAAAGAAAAUGAGUCUGAAAUCUCAAAAAAUGAAGAGUGCUAGGAUUGCUUUGAAAAAUGAGCUGAUGUGCAAACACAGUGGAAAACGGUGUGUCUUCUUAGGAGCAGCUGGGACCUAAUCUGUCCCUAGGAUAGACUGUCCUGCUUUUGCCACAAUGGUACCCACAUGUGGUGCAGUGCUGUGAAGCUGUGGAUGAUAUGCAGCUUCAGAGUGAAUUAGGGGUAGGGGUGGUCAUCAGUCUGUUUGAAUGCAGUCUUCCAAAUCUGAGGUUGAAUUUGUGUGAUAACUAUCAGGUUUAUAUAAGAAAAUGGCUGUGGUCCUACUUUCUUAAAAAUUAUGCCAGAACUUUUUGUUCAGAUAUAAAAGAUUAAGUUAACUCUACUGUUUUUCGAUAUUUGGAAACUUAUCUGAGACUCUCUUAUUGGUGCUCUGGUGACAUUGGUAAAAUAGGAAAUACUUCUUCCAUCACCCUCACUGGUAUUGCUGUAGUCCUAAAAUCCAGAGCCAAGUGACCUGCCAAAAAUCAACAGCCUAUUUGCUUUCCCUGUCGGAUAAUCAUACAAUGCUGUAGCGGCCUGGGAAUAUUAUUAUUACUUUUGGUGUGAUGCUUUUUCUAAUUGCCUGUUUUAAAAUGUUUUGAUAAAUAUUGAUGUUGAAAUUAAUAUUGAAGGUUAACUCUGAAAUUUUAGUAUUGAAUUUUAUCAUGAAACAAAAUUGAUAGGUAACAAGAUGCAUAGAGGAUGUCAUUGACAGUUUGCCUGUUUUUCUUUGUAAUUUGUAAUUAUGGUUUUUGUAAAUUGUGAUUAUGUUUUUAACUAAAUUUGUAAUUAGAUGUAAACAUUGCUUCUUACACUGGAAGUAUUAUCCUUUAUUUGUGUCAAUAAUGCCUGCAUAAAACAUAAUCUAAACUUAUUUCCCCAAAACAUUGAAAGACUAUUCAGAUACUAUUACGUAUCUCUCUUCUUUCUAACGGUUGUUACUAAUUUGCCUUGGAUUUCCUGUGACAGUAUUUUACAGAACAUCUUCCAAUUUAUUAAGCUGAGGAGCUCCAAUUCCUUUUCUGAAUUUAAAUGCUCUAGGCAGAAAUAGCAUUGUGUAUUAUCUUCUCAACUAAUUGCUUUUGAAUAUAAACUGAAGGCUGCUGUCUCUUAGGAAAGACAACUUUUCCAUAAUCUAUAUCAAAUCUGCCAUUCUAAGGAUCAUGGGUCUAACUUCUCAUAGAUUACCCAAAAUUGAAUAUAUGCUAUUAACUGCAACAUGUCUCAUUAGGGUUUAUACACAGACACACACACACUCAGAUAGUGGAGAAUCAGAAUUUAUAUGGACAGUUGCAGAAUUAACACUGAGGCAAUAUUUAUGUGAUAAUUGCAUGGAACUGCCAUUUGGAUUCAAACUGAUUAUAUAUAAAGCAGUAAUGCUACACUGAUAUCACAGACACCAACUGUUUGCCAAGGACUAAUUAGGUCACAUAGUUUGCUAGAAGUAAAAAUAUUGUGAAUGUGUAUAUUUGAACUUUUGUCAGAGAGAAACCAUUUAUCCAUUUUCUAAAAUCUGAAUUAUGUACAUUUUUGUUAUCAGAGAGAAUUGAAUAACAACAUUUUUCAGAUACAAAGAUGCUACUUGCAUGUAGCACCCUUCUGUGAUCAAAACAAGUUAGAAACUCAGAUUCAUCAUUACUAUUACAUGAUCGAAUUUUCACUUUCUUGUGUUUUUUUUUAAAGACUGAGUAUAGAUAAUCUUUGUCUUAAGUUUACUUUAAUUUUAUAACUGCAGGGUGCGGAAGGAUUCAACAAAGAUAUAGUACAUUUUAUGAAUGUCUACAUGUAUGUAGUUGCUACAUACAUGUAGCACCCUUAUGUGAUGUGAUAUAAAAGUAUAGUGGUUUCCCCAAAACCUAUUUUUCAAUUUAAAAAAAUGCAUUAUUCUUCAUAAUAAGUGACUUAAGUUUUUGAUUAUUAAAAGCGUCAAAAUUAUAUUUUUAAAAAUAGACUGGUUAAUAUAACAAUGCUUGUCUUAGUAAAAUGGUUAACAUUGGUGAAUGGGUAUAAACUUGAAAUUAUGACCCAAAUUCAUCUUAGGAAAUCACUGUAGCUGUCAUUUCCUAAGAGUCAUCAUUUAAAGCAUACUCUUAACCUAUUUUGAUAGUAGUUAAUAUACAUGACCUAUUCUGUCCCAUAUGUUUAUUAAUUAGCAGAGAAUAAGAACAUUUUACACUGACCAAUAAUUGUGAACCUUUUUUCGUGUAUAUUUUCAAAGCCUAAUAAAUGGAAAAUUUAUUCCAAUGGAUUUUUU